AUGGCCAAGUUAAUACUUUCUACCGGAAACAUCGUUUCCGGCGGCCCCUCCAUCGUCCGCAAGCCCGGCGCAUCCAACCUCGAACUCAUAAACUCUUUGAAAGUCAGCUUUCAAGAUGCGCAAUUAGACUAUGCCGACGAGAUCGAGAACCUAAACGUGGACGUGAACGGGACGACGACAACUACAACGACCAAUGGCACAAACAAUGGCGUCCACGAAGCCACAAAUGGCGAUAGCAGCAACAGCAGCAACCCCGAGCCCGUCGCAGGCCCCCUCUACUGGACUGCGCAAGACCAGACGAAGAACACAAUCUAUGUCCCGCGCAUCGAUUGGGAAACCGCCGGUCUGCUCGAAGAGCGGUCGCAGUACGACAUCACCGUCAAGAUCUUCUUCCUGCCCACCACCACGCCCGACGUUUCGCGGCGGGCGGCCUACACAUCGGAAGCGCUGUCACUAGUGCAAAAAGAGCUUGGCGGGAUCUCAGAUGUUGAUUUGCUCGUCGUCUCGUUCCCGGGCAUGUCCUUCGACGGCGACUGCGAGUGGGAAGCCGACAAGAGGAACGCUUCGCAAGGCGACGACGAGGCCGAGAUCGCGACCUGGCAGGCGGCUGUCGAGGAGGCGCUUUACGCCCAGGGCCGUGUCAAGAGGCUAGGUAUCUCCGAGUUCGGCACCGAGAAGCUGGCGAGGUUCAUUAAAAGAGUGCAGGUCCCGCCCGCCGUGGACCAGAUCAACAUCAAGAAUUGCUGCAACGUGCCGCCGCCGCUGGCGAAGCUGGCCAAGGAACAGAACGUGGAACUGUUGGUGCAUAGCGAUUGCACGGAUAUCUUGCCUGAGGGGACGCUGAGGGAGCUCCUCGGCCCUCAGGGAGCGGGUCUGCUGGCUGAUCCUAAGGCGACGAGCAGCGAGGGCCUAAGCGGAAACCUUACGCCACAAUGGGUGAUUAAGUAUACAGCUGUGGUGAGGAAUAGGGGCGUGAUUGAGAAUAAGGGAUACUUCGCUGGUGCUGAGUUGAAUUGA